GCAACGGUUUUCCUAAAGCCCACAGCUAGAAGAAUAUCCAGCCGGAGCGAGAAGCGACUUCGCGCGUCCAUGGAGAAUUGGCUGUUGUGAGGCAUGGCCCCACCACCACCACCACCAGCAGCAGCAGCAGCAGCAGCAGCAGCAGCAGCAGCAGCAGCGGCAGCGGCAGCGGCGCGGGGCCCGGCGGCGGCGCAGGGCCUGGGCCCAGCAGUUGCGGCGUGCAUGUGCGUAGCGGAGGGGGCGAGCAAGGCCACGUGGAGGACAGCGCGGCGUUGCCCAAGAAGCGGCGCCGGCGCGCAGGUUGAGGCCGGCCGGUGUCUGGUUAGCGGUCUUUGCUGGCGAGCAUAGCACCGCACAGUAUGUGGUAGGCCGCAGCAGUGAGGAAUGUUGUGGCUAGAGGAGUUCCUGCUGUUUGGUUGAUUGCUGGCUGUGCUUUGAAAUGCGUAAAUGCGUGCUUGUGCUUGGCAGCGGGACGCGGCUGGACGCAUGGCGGGCCGGGCCUGUACGAACUGACCCUAAGUAUAUCCGGGAGAUAAAGUAGACGCU